CAUCGCAUCGCUCAGUUGCUUCGUACAGGACACUCGAUCCAUUGUAUUCUGCUUGAAGCCAAUUGCACGUACUCGUCACGACUGCGCAUAUCAUCUUAUUCAUAUAUCGCUACAUUUGACCGAUCUGACUCACCGACCAUGGACCCCUAUGACAGCGACUCAUCUUUCGACGAUGAGGGGGACUUCACCGAGACCGGCGUGCUCUUGGGUUACGCAGCAGACGAGAUUUUAGAAGACACAAUCAGUCACCUGGGUGGAACUCCGACCUGGCUCGACGACGCUACCCCGCCUCCGGGCGAAUUCGCCAAAUGCAAAGUCUGCAACUCGCCCAUGCUUCUCCUCCUCGAACUGCACGGUGAUCUCCCAGACGACUUCCCGGACAAUGAGCGACGUCUAUACAUCUUUGCCUGUCCCAGGAAACCCUGCAACCGCAAACCCGGCAGCAUCAGAGCUCUGCGCGCUACCCGCAAGGUGAAGAGCGAACAGCCCCGAGGCGCAAAGGGACAAGAAGAAGUGGAGGAGAUCCCAACCGAAGCCCCCAGCAAGGAAGAGGAGAAGACAAAGAACGAGGCUCCUAAACCGGAUCUCGGCGCAAGUCUAUUCGGAUCCUCCUCCCUGAUCGGCAGUGUCUCCGCCAACGCCAACCCUUUCUCCUCCGGCGGAGCUGGUGCAAGUAGCAACCCAUUCUCCAGCAACAGCAACCCGUUCGCCGCGCCCGCCCCCUCUCCUGGUCUAGUCGCCAAACCAUCCACCCCGGCAUCGACGACCGCCGCCGCUGCUGCCAACACCCUCUCCGAUUCCUUCGCCGACAAAGUCCGCGUCUCCUCCCCACCCCCACCGCCCGCAGCAUCAUCUAAGACCAUCACACCCCCCGAGGAGACCUCGGGCCCCGUCACCCCGUGGCCGGCCGACUCCGACUUCCCCGCCCCGUAUCCGCGGUUCUACCUCGAUGCCGAGUACGAGACGCUCUCGCGGCCCUCAACGCCGACGAUCCCGGACAACGUGACGAUCGACAACAGCGAGGACACCGGCGGCAGCGGCGGGGCCGACCUCAAGGACGCCUUCGAGUCCGAGCUGGACAAGGCCUUCAUGCGCUUCUCCACCCGGCUGGGCCACAACCCCGAGCAGAUUCUGCGGUACCAGUUCCGCGGCAACCCCUUGCUCUACUCGCACACGGACGCCAUCGGCAAGCGCCUGCACGAGGUCCUCGCGCACAAGCCCGCCAACGCGCACAUCGCCACGACGGGGGGGCCGUCCCUCUCCAGCCGCAUCCCGCGCUGUGAGUACUGCGGCAGCGAGCGCGUGUUCGAGUUCCAGCUCGUGCCGCACGCCAUCAGUGUGCUCGAGGACGGCCGGGAGGGCGUCGGGCUCGGUGACGCCGGCAUGGAGUGGGGAACGAUCAUGUUGGCCGUGUGUGGCCGGGAUUGUGGGCCGAAGGAGGUCGGCGUCGUGGGCUAUCGUGAGGAGUGGGCGGGUGUGCAGUGGGAGGAGGCUGCUAAAUAGAUUGAUUGAUGGAUGGAUGGAUUCCGCUCUCUUUUUCCGUCCCCUCAAAUGGGGGGGGAGACAAACGGGUGUGAACCUGAAAUCCGAACCCUCCCUUCUUCCACCCACUACCCACACCUAACGCUUUACCCAUGAAUAAUUUGAUGUUGAUGAUGACCAUUUUUACUAUAUAUAUACAUACUCUACCAUGUUCAUAGACGCCAUUGAGCUUUUUG